UGCUGGAGCAUUAUGGGGUGGUGGAGGUGUGUGCACUAGCCAGGCCAGGCUGAGACCGCUUCCAGGGCGUGGCUACUGCUAUGCUAUUGGGCUGUGGGCACGGGCUGCUCCUCCCCGGGGCCGGCUGCUCUCGCCCGCAGCCACCCUGCCGGCGCCACCCGCCUGUGUCCGUGAGAACAUCCUGUUCCUGUGGGCCGUGGGCUGGGCAGAGCCGGAGCGCGCCGUGCCAGGCCCAGCACUGCCCGCGGGGAUGGGGACAGCGUCCCGCCUGCUCCUCCUCCUCCACAACCUGCUGUUGCUGUCGCCCGGUGCCUUCGGAUUCGCUCCCUCCCUGGACAGCGACUUCACCUUCACGCUGCCCGCCGGCCGCAAGGAGUGCUUCUUCCAGCCCAUGCGGCACGGGGCCUCGCUGGAGGUCGAGUACCAGGUUUUAGAUGGAGCAGGAUUAGAUGUUGACUUUUACUUGGAAUCUCCAAAAGGUGAAAUCCUAGUUUUUCAUCAGAGAAAAUCAGAUGGAAUCCACACGGUGGAAACAGAAGAUGGAGAUUACAUGUUCUGCUUUGACAAAACAUUCAGCACCAUUUCAGAGAAGGUGAUUUUCUUUGAAUUGAUCCUAGAUAAUAUGGGAGAAGGACAACAAGAGGACUGGAAGAAGUACAUUACAGGCACAGACUUGUUGGAUAUGAAACUUGAAGAUAUCCUGGAAUCCAUCAACAAUGUCAAAGCCAGGUUAAGCAAAAGCCUCCAGAUUCAGACGCUGCUCAGAGCAUUUGAAGCUCGUGAUCGAAAUAUACAAGAAAGCAACUUUGACACAGUGAAUUUUUGGUCCAUGGUCAACUUGGGAGUCAUGGUGGUGGUUUCAGCUGUUCAGGUUUACAUGCUGAAAAGUCUUUUUGAAGAUAAGAGGAAAAGUAGAACUUAACAGCUAGUGUGAUCAUAGCAAUAACUAGAGAGGAGGGGAAAAUGCAAUAAAACUGCUAGAGCAAAAGAGACAUGUUACCUUGCCACUUGUUUUGAAUAACCAUUAUAAUCAGGUUCUUGAGUCACACGUGACUAACAUGAACAGAAUACCUUUUUCCCCCUUCCUUCCAUCUCUGCAAGCGUUACUAACAGUCUUACUGGUAAGUCUAUUUGUUGGCUUGUUGCAUUUGUAAUGACUCUUAUUAGAUUAUGAAUAAUACACAGAAUGGUGUAUCAAAUGCAAGCCAAUGUUAAUACCUCUCAUAUAUAUUCAUCUUUUCAUGGUCACUUAAACUUUUCUAUGUCCGCCUAAAUAAUAAUUUGUUUUUUGACAAUUUUUUAAAUAAGCAUUGAGUAAAGUUACAGAUGUGCCAAAGGAUUGAGGCCCACCUAGGUAGGCUACAGCUGUUGUCAGUUCUCUAGAAAUGUAUAAAAUUUCCUUGAGUCUUUAUUGUACAGCAUAAUACAGAAACACUGGGUUAACAUUUGAAGAGGUUAAAAUGAGAAGUUAUUUUUUUCACUUUUUUAUAUAUAUACUUUUAAAGAGACAGUAAAUGUGAAAUUUAGUCAAUUUAUAAACUCAUUAAAAGUAGCAUCAGGUACUAUACCUGUCUAAGUCCUUCUGCCAGUUCUUGUGAUUGUACAAUCCCAUUUUCCUGCUAGGUAGUUGUUGCGGAGUGAAAGGUCCACUGGAAUAGUGAAAUUGACCACACAAAGUACAGUCAGAUGCACAAAAUAAAAUGGAAUUAUUUCAUCUUUAGUUAUUGUAAUCUUGGAUAUCAUAACAGAUACAUUCAGACAGAAGUGACUUUUUUUUCAAAAAUGACGGUGUUCCUUUUGAUAGCUUUUUAGAUAAAAUUGUUUGGAAACAUUAACUUGACAUUAAAUGUUUUGUGCUUCCAAAAUCCUUUCUAUAUUACUAAUUUUGCUUAGAUGUUUUGCUCCUUGAGGUCAAGCACGUUUAUGCCACAAUUUGUAGCAGUUCAUGAACUUCAGAACUAAAGUUGUUCAGCUAAACCCUCCCCACAACAAAACCUCAACAAAUCUGUAGUCACAUAACUAUUUUCAUUCUCCUCCUAUGAGCUGUCCUAUUAAAUUACUCAGACUACUUGCAUAAAUAAAACAAUUUUUAAUUGCAAUUUUGAGAUUUAUUUGCAGCAUGAACGGAAUAUGCAAGAUAAUGCUCAAUCAUAGAAGCAGUUUGCUAUCUUUCUCA